AUGUUCAAGAGAACGCUAGCGAGAUUGAGUCAGGCGGAGAGGCUAAAUCUUAGUCAGGGAGGCAGUAGUAAAUUAUUCGAUCUCAGCAAUAUAGAUAAAACUGCACUUAGCAAGAUAGAUAGCGAGGACUUGAUCAUAUAUCCAAGCUUCUUAAACGGGGAUGAGCAGAGAACUAUGCUUAUGCAGAUGCUAAAGAAACUGGACAGAGUUUGUGGUAAGCCAAAGAGAAGUCCUAGCUUGCUCGAGGAACAUUACAAGCAGUACAAGGAAGGUGAUCUGCAGAAGCUAUUUUGUCAUCCAGAUAUGUACAGAUGGGAAACGAGCCAUUUUGAUAAUGUUAUUACUGGAUACAGAGAGGCAAAUAUACGAUCAAUGACGGUACCUAACGCAGAGACAGAGCAAGGAGUUAAGGGGAUACUUGAAAGGCUAUACAAGUGCUUGUAUGACAAUGCAACAGAUUAUACAAGAGAUCAAGCAGCUAAGCCACCUAAGAACGAGAGAUUACAGGAUGAUGAGUUAUCGAUACCACAUUGGUUACAGGCACAUAUACUUCAACUUUCACCAAAGGGAUCUAUUCAAGCGCAUGUUGAUAAUGAGGAUGCUAUGGGAUCAACGAUAAUGGGACUGAGUCUGGGUGAAUGCAGACAAGUAGAGUUUUUAAAUGAAAAGUAUGGCAAAUUUACAGCGUAUCUUCCAAGUGGAAGCGUCUACUUGCAAAGAUCAAAGUUGAGAUAUGAAUACAAGCACUCAAUAUUGCAAGGUGAAGGUAGAGACCAAAGAUUGACUUUGAUGUUGAGGGACCAACCGGUGAAAACGGAUGAAUAA